AUGUCUACUUUUGCAGUUGUGACAGGAGUACUUUCAGAUACAGACUUCUUAAUCAAGAAAAUGUCAGAGGCUCCUGCAACGAAGAAAGCCCUGGGCAAAAAGGGUAAAAGUCCAGUUAAGGGGAUUACAAACAUUAAGGUGGAAAAAUUAGAAUUCUCUAACAUCGGACUUGAGUUUCUCCCUGACUUUGGCAUCCAUAUGUUUGUGACAAAUAAGAUACAGAUUGGGGGGAAAAGUUUUCUGGGUGGAAGAACAGAGCUGAAACUGGAAAUAAACAUCAUUACGAAUUCAACCCUGAAGAAGGAAAAUGUAACCUGCCCUACGUUACGAGUUAAAGAAUGCAAAGUAGUUAUACUUGAUGUCAAAGCCAAUCUACCAAAAGGAAUUUUGCCAAAUGUGAUGAAUAAUUUCUUAGAUAAAAACCUCAAAAAUAUUUUGCCUACAACAGCUUGUCCAGCAGUGGAUUACAUACUUGCAGAAGUAAAUAAAAAGUUAUGCAUCAAGGACGUUGGUUUGCCUGUUGGAAAUUCUGGAACCCUUCACUAUGUAUUAUCUCCAGUACCUACAGUGACUGGAGAUCACGUCGAGAUGGAAUCAAACCUUUCACCAGGACUUCAAGAUUACAAGAUACAUAUUUAUGUGAAUAAACAACCUUUAGUUACCAUAAGUACUUCUAAAGCACUGCUUCAUCUCUACUCCACCAUGGAAGUAAUGGCAUCCAGCUCAGAAUCUGAGCCUUCAGUCCUGUUUGUAAUUGAUCUGCAUAUGAAUUUUAAAAUCCAGUCAUCUAUCAAGGAAAACAGCUUACAUUCAAUGUUCUCCUUUGACAAGAUGUUCCUGUCUGUGAUGACUUCAUCUGUUGGAGAUUUUGAGGUUCAAGACCUGAGUGACUUUAUCAGCUCCCUCAUUAAAGAAGUCUACAGUCCCGUAAUAAAUGGUUUGACACAAACAGCAAUUCCUCUCCCGGACAUAACAAACCUUCUGGAUAUGGACUUUUCUAAGGCAGAGAUCGAAAUAGCUAAGCCGGAACAGAUCUCGGCAAUGCUGUCUGGAGCCACCCAGCUGCUCUUUGCUUUCUUUUUCUACCACACCAUGGGAGCAGACACCCUACACCACGACAAGAGCGCCCAACCCGCUUCAUGGAUUUCGCCUGGAACCCCGCUUCCAUAG